AUUCAUAAAUAGGGUUAUUUCUCGCUUGAUUGAUAUCGCGACAUCGCUUAUCCAAAGCAAGCAGCUGCAGAAUCACCAAAAAUCAACCAUGUCUUACUACCCGAAAGGCCACCAAGCCGGCGACGAUGACGUCGACGACUUCGACGAGUUCGAUCCGACGCCUUACGACGGUGGAUACGACAUUACUGUGACGUACGGCCGUCCCAUUCCGCCAUCCGAGGAGACCUGCUAUCCCAUCUCCUCCGCCUCCGGCGACUUUGACUAUGAUCGUCCCCAUUACUCCGACUAUGCCGAGCCAUCCGCCUAUGCCGAUGAGGCUCUUGACAACGAGUACAAGAGCUAUAGCCGACCCAAGCCUCGACCCGGCCCUUCUCACGGGGGAUCAUCCGAGGCGGGCUAUGGUCGUCGCCCCGGUGGAGGAGGCUAUGGUGGUGAAUCCGAGUACGGAGGGGGCGGAUCUGGAUCUGAAGGUGGAUAUGGUCGUAGACCAGAGCAUGAGAGGCCUUCUGAAUAUGGAUCGGGGUAUGAGAGACCCGAUUCUGAAUAUGGAUCGGGGCAUGGCCGUAAGUCCGAAUAUGAUCGGCCGAGUUCUGAAUAUGGAUCCGGAUAUGGACGAAGGAACGAAGACGAAAGGCCGAGUUCUGAAUAUGGAUCCGGAUAUGGACGCAGGAACGAAGACGAAAGGCCGAGUUCUGAAUAUGGAUCCGGAUAUGGACGCAGGAACGAAGAUGAGAGGCCCGAUUCCGAGUACGGAUCUGGCUAUAGGCGGAAACCUGAAUAUGAAGAUCAAAGUUCUGAAUAUGGAUCUGGUUAUGGGCGUCGUAACGAAUCUGACGAGUAUGGAAGGAAGAGUGAGUAUGAGCAACAUGGCUCGGAAUAUGGAUCGGGUGGAUAUGGUAGGAAGCCAAGCUAUGGCCAGGAGGAGGGCGAGGACAGGCCUAGCUAUGGUCGUUCGAACUAUGGAACUGAGGAGAGUGAAGGUUAUGGGAGAUCAAGCUAUGAUAGGCCCAAUGAGGAAGAGGAGUACAGGAAACCUAGAUACCAGAGGCGUGAUGAUGAUGAUGAUGAGAGCUAUGGUCGCAAGAAAUAUGGUGAUGGGGAUGACGACGAUAAUGAGGAGCGCAGGCAUCACCAUCACCACCAUCGCCAGCACUAUGAUGAUUAAGCAUAAUUUGCAGGUUGCCUUCUCAACCGGGUUCAUGCCUACUUAAUAAUUUUCCCUCAUAUUGUGUGUGUUUUUGAAAUUGUCUACAUUGAACUAUAAGAAUGUAUGUGGUUUGCUUCUCAGAUGCUGUAAUAAAGUCCCACCUGUUUGGGAUGGUGUUCAAACUUGUGCUUUUCUUGCACUUAUGUAUGCAACUAUCUUGUUUAUUAUGGUAUUGUGUGUUAGAUUAUUUUUAUUGAUGUUAUGUUUUCGUGGUA